AUGAAGCCUUCACCGUUUACUUUCGACACUCGCGCAGAUACUGUACUCAUUUUACGAAAUCCCAACACGGCGCAGAAGGAGGAAUGUGAGAUCCAAACUGACUCGGAGCCCGAGUACGAGCGCCUAAAUGAGGCGGGGUUCGGAGAGUCAAAGACACGACGCGACUCGCCGAUGACUCUGGACAAUGACCAGAAAUAUCCGAGAGGGGCUUUAGAAGACACGCAAGUUGAGUUUCGCGUGUCAUCAAGACAUUUGAGCCUGGCUUCACCUGUUUUUCGAGCUAUGCUGGAAAGCAAGUUUAAAGAAUCUCAGCUCAAUGAGCAAGGUCUCUAUGAGGUCCAAGCCUCGGAGUGGGAUGCCGAGGCUUUCGUCAUACUUCUCGAUAUUAUUCACGGACACCAUCGGGACGUGCCGAAGCGAAUAUCUGUGGAGAUUCUGUCGAAUAUUGCAAUUAUUGUUGAUUAUUAUGGCUGUCAUGAGAUAAUGGAAUUCGUUUUGACGGCAUGGCUGACCUAUUUGGGAGAGCCGGAGGAGUUCGUGAAGGAGGACCCGUUGCGUUGGUUAUUUAUUUCUUGGGUCUUUCGGCAAGAAGCUUUGUUUACGGUUGCGACAAAGAUGCUUUUGUUAUAUGAUAAUGGCGAAUAUGUGGUUGACUUGCCUAUACCACAACCAAUAUUAGACAAGGUCGACGAUAAACGACAAUACUAUGCUACUGGGCUCUUUAAUGAAGCAGAUGCGUCUACAUGGCCUAUCAACAGCCAGACCUCACGAACCCUUCGAUGGAUGGACAGUUGA